CAUUACUAACACACCUCUCUCUCUCUCUCUCUCUCUUUGUGUUUCAAAACGCCAUUCUCAUUAACAUAAAACGCACUUACGCUUUCUCUUCAACACAUCAAGCAAUGGGAGCCUGUGCCUCGAAGCCUCCGAAACCAAAUCCCUACGCUCCUCGUGGCGUUGCUGAUGACCAUGCUGCCCCUCCGACGCCUCUGAAGGACGACGUAUCGUCGGAGAAAAAAAGUAAUUCCGUAUCUUCAUUCUUCCCUUUCUACACUCCCAGUCCUGCUUUCUUCCUCAAGAAGUCUCCGGCGGGGGCGACGCCGAAGGGCAACUCGACGCCCCUCCGCUUCAUGCGACGGCCUUUCCCGCCGCCGUCUCCGGCGAAGCAUAUUCGAGCGGUGUUGAGGAGACGGCAGUCGAAGAAGACGGCGGCAGCGGCGGCGAUUCCGGAGGAGGAGGAGGAGGUGGUUGAGCUGGAUAAGAGGUUUGGGUUCUCGAAGGAGCUGAGGAGUAAGUUAGAGAUGGGUGAUGAAGUUGGGCGAGGGCAUUUUGGGUAUACUUGUUCUGCUAAGUAUAAGAAAGGUGAAUUCAAAGACCAGCAAGUCGCUGUCAAAGUCAUUCCCAAAUCCAAGAUGACAACAGCUAUUGCGAUUGAGGAUGUGAGAAGGGAGGUGAAAAUAUUGCAAGCCUUGACAGGACAUAACAAUCUAGUCAAAUUCUAUGAAGCAUUCGAAGACACUGAUAAUGUCUAUGUUGUUAUGGAGUUAUGUGAAGGAGGGGAGCUUUUGGAUAGAAUUCUCGCAAGGGGUGGGAAAUACUCCGAAGAAGAUGCAAAGGUUGUCUUGGUACAGAUUCUGAAUGUUGUUGCUUUUUGUCAUCUCCAAGGUGUGGUGCACCGAGAUCUUAAACCAGAGAACUUUCUGUACACUACUAAGGAUGAGAGCUCUCAGUUGAAAGCCAUAGAUUUCGGCUUAUCAGAUUUUGUCAGACCAGAUGAAAGGCUUAAUGAUAUCGUGGGAAGUGCAUAUUAUGUGGCCCCUGAAGUUCUACAUAGAUCUUAUGGUACAGAGGCUGAUGUGUGGAGUAUAGGUGUGAUAGCCUAUAUUCUCCUCUGUGGAAGUCGUCCAUUCUGGGCUCGGACCGAGUCUGGAAUUUUUCGAGCAGUCUUGAAAGCUGAUCCAAGUUUUGAUGAUGGACCAUGGCCUUCAUUAUCUUUAGAAGCAAAAGACUUUGUCAAGCGCUUACUAAACAAAGACCCGCGGAGGCGGAUGACAGCUGCUCAAGCUUUGAGUGAGUGCCUCAAUUUCUCUAAUCUUAUCAAGUUAACCAUUAUCACUAUCCCUAAAGUACCCAUGGUCUUUUGUUUUACAGGUCAUCCGUGGAUCCGAAGUUACAAUAAUGUAAAAGUACCUCUUGAUAUUUCAAUAUUGAAACUCAUGAAGGCAUAUAUGCGGUCAUCUUUUUUGCGUAAGGUUGCUUUAAAGGCCUUGUCUAAGACUUUGACUAUUGAUGAACUUUUCUAUUUGAAGCAGCAGUUUGCGCUCUUAGAGCCAAACAAAAAUGGUUACAUAUCCUUGGAGAAUAUAAAGAUGGCGCUGAUGAGAAAUGCAACAGAUACAAUGAAUGAUUCUCGCAUCCCUGAUUUUCUGGCCUCACUAAAUGCGCUUCAAUACAGAAAGAUGGAAUUUGAAGAAUUUUGUGCAGCUGCGUUAAAUGUCCAUCAGCUGGAGGCACAUGAUAAUUGGGAACAGCAUGCACGCUGCGCAUAUGAGCUUUUUGAGAAGGAUGGGAACAGAGCUAUCAUUAUCAAUGAACUCGCUUCGGAACUUGGUCUUGGCCCUUCCAUUCCACUGCAUACUGUUCUGAAUGACUGGAUAAGACACACUGAUGGGAAGUUAAGCUUUCUCGGGUUUGUCAAACUGUUGCAUGGCGUGUCCGGCCGAACCAUAGUAAAGGCACAGUGAAGAUCAAAGUUUGUGAUAUACAUGAAGUAAUUUUUGUAAGCUUUGUAGCCAAACAAAAUGCACGCAAUGUGAGCGUUCACACCAGCAACCGAUGAUUGAUUCUUUCAAGCAUCGGAAAGUUGCAACACUCCACUCCAGCCAGAAGGCUUCCUUCUCAUUCAAUUCUUUGAGAGGAUUUUCAACUCUCCAGAAAUUGCAGGCAGAUUCAGUGUUUCAGUUUCAGGCCUCUGAAGAAUUUUAGUGGCAGUACAGUGUAAAGUUGUAAUUAGUUUUUCCUAGCAGGACCCUCUUUCCAAGUUUGUAUGUAUUAAAAUUGAAAAUGUAGUCCAAUUGAUAAUGCUGUUGUAUUUUCACAUUUGGAAGCCAUAACAGUUGAAAAUCAUUCUAUUGUAUUUAGAAGAAAAAUUGUUCUCAAUUUUCUAAAAACAAAAGGCUUCUCAUUGAGAUGUUAUUGUUGUAAGAAAGGGUAAAUUUUGAAUUCUCUUUCAUGGAUCAGACUUUAUUAAUUCAAAGAAUUAAGCAU